AUGAUAACUACGAACCUGAUCACAAGCACAUUCACAUCGAACAAUGAAGAUUCAGAGGGAGAAGUAAUUUCGACUAAGAAAAAACUGGUGUGGAAUGAUAAAUGGCUUGAAUUCAAAGAAAUGCCAAAGUUAGAAGAAACAAAGAUCGAUACUCUGUCAACAUUGAAGCGGUGUCCCAAUUUCAUAUCGCAGGAGGAGGGUGAUGCUCUGUUUGAUCACUUGAUGGAAGAAUUGAAUUUUGAGCACACUGCAAUUUCUAUGUAUGGAAAACCUGUCCAUUUACCACGUCUUCAAUCUUGGUUCGCAGAAGAAGGAUUGGUCGUAAAGGAGCUAUAUCAGAAGCAAAAGCAGCACGUAUGGACUCCACCGAUGCGGAAGUUGAAAGCUCAACUUGAAAAACAGCUCGAUGUGAAAUUCGAUUAUUGUUUGGUCAACUUGUACAGGAACGGCAACGACUACAUCAAUUUUCAUGCUGACAAUGAGGCAAAAGACGUCAUCGCUUCCAUGACAUUGGGCGCGACACGCAGAUUUCUCCUACAUCAUCUCAGUUGUUUUGGUAAAGUUCUUACACGAAAGAAAAAGCCUUUGACAAAUCCCAGUAAGAAAAAGUACGAAUUUUCGUUGACGAACGGAUCACUCAUCGUGAUGUUAGAUGACACACAACAGUAUUGGAAACAUUCAGUGCCCAAGGAGAAGACCGUAAAAAGUCCUCGCAUCAAUCUUACAUUUCGUACCAUCCAAGACAAAUGA